AUGCUUCCCAAGAUCGUGCGCAACUACAACAACACCAAACACAGGACGUUGGGCAUCAGCCUGUCCGAAGUCACGCACGAAAACGAAUUGGAGCUGUUCAAUAAGAUAAAUGGGAAGGCCGUCGUACCUUCCAUGAAAAAGAAGUUCCAAGUGGGGGAUAAAAUGAGGGUUCUACUACAGAGAAAACGUUUUCUAAAGAGCUCGGAAGGGAGUUGGUCGCCUCAGAUUUUCACCGUCUCCCGCCGGAGAGACACCUCCCCUCCUGUCGUGCAUCUGGAGGAAUACCGGGGUAAGGAAGUGGACGGAUCUUUCUACCCGGAGGAGGUACUCGUUGUAACCCGAGACGCCAAUCAGCCUUGGCCAGUAAUGAAAGUGCUGAGAAAGAAGAAAGUGAACGGUCAGAGCUUCCCCUUGGUUUGCUGGUUCGGUUAUGACAAAGAACACAACAGUUGGGUUCCGAGCAGCGACGUGGUCAAGAUUGGCAAAUGA